AUGGCCGGGUUGGCUUACGACAACAUCUCCCAGUCUGAUGUCGAUAUCGCCUGGAAUUCCACCCCCGAUCCCGACGAGGAGACGAUAUUUGAUGUUCGGAAAAUGGCUGGUCAUUUCAGUAGCGACAGUGGUGGCAGAGGUAAGACCGGGCUCACCAGCCGGGAGGCAAGCGAUUACUACAUUGUGACUAUGGAUUCGACCACUGGUAUAUUGCACGUUGACCUCUCCUUGGAUUUCUGGUGA